CCUUACCUGAAAGGCCCCCCGAUUCUACUAGCCCCAUUUGGAUACUUGCAGUACUUGGACGCAGUUCGGUUCCAGUUCCGCCAAAUACACCCACACAGUCCAGAGGCAAUUUAAGAUAGUCGAGUGCCCGCGAUGAAGUUCCUGAUCUGUGCACUGCUCGCGGCGGCGUCCUUUGUGGCCGCCGUCUCCGGCUCGGAAGUGAAAGUGGAGGAGGGCGUCCUGGUGGCCACUGUGGACAACUUCAAGCAACUGAUUGCCGACAACGAGUUCGUGCUGGUUGAAUUCUACGCCCCAUGGUGCGGACACUGCAAGGCUCUGGCUCCCGAGUACGCCAAGGCUGCCCAACAGCUGGCCGAGAAGGAGUCCCCCAUCAAGCUGGCCAAGGUCGAUGCCACCGUCGAGGGUGAACUGGCCGAGCAGUUCCAGGUCCGUGGCUACCCCACUCUGAAGUUCUUCCGCAGCGGUGCCCCCGUGGAGUACAGCGGUGGUCGUCAGGCCGCCGACAUCAUUGCCUGGGUGACCAAGAAGACCGGUCCUCCCGCCAAGGAUCUGACCAGCGUUGCCGAUGCCGAACAGUUCCUCAAGGACAACGAGAUCGCCAUCAUUGGUUUCUUCAAGGACACCGAGUCGGAGGAGGCCAAGACCUUCACCAAGGCUGCCAACGCUCUGGACUCGUUCGUGUUCGGUGUCAGCAGCAACGCUGAUGUCAUCGCCAAGUACGAGGCCAAGGACAACGGCGUGAUCCUGUUUAAGCCCUUCGACGACAAGAAAUCCGUGUUCGAGGGUGAGCUCAGCGAGGAGAACCUGAAGAAGUUCGCCCAGGUGCAGUCCCUGCCCCUGAUCGUUGACUUCAACCACGAGUCUGCUUCCAAGAUCUUCGGUGGUUCCAUCAAGUCCCACCUGCUGUUCUUCGUCUCCAAGGAGGCCGGACACAUUGAGAAGUACGUCGAUCCCCUGAAGGAAAUCGCCAAGCAGUACCGCGACGACAUCCUGUUCGUGACCAUCUCCGCCGACGAGGAGGACCACACUCGCAUCUUCGAGUUCUUCGGAAUGAACAAGGAGGAGGUUCCCACCAUUCGCCUCAUCAAGCUGGAGGAAGACAUGGCCAAGUACAAGCCCGAAUCGAACGAUCUGUCCGCCGAGACCAUCGAGGCCUUCCUGAAGAAGUUCUUGGACGGCAAGCUGAAGCAGCAUCUGCUCUCCCAGGAGCUGCCCGAGGACUGGGACAAGAACCCCGUCAAGGUGCUUGUCUCCAGCAACUUCGAGAGCGUCGCCCUCGACAAGAGCAAGUCUGUGCUGGUUGAGUUCUACGCCCCAUGGUGCGGACACUGCAAGCAGCUGGCUCCCAUCUACGACCAGCUGGCCGAAAAGUACAAGGACAACGAGGACAUCGUGAUUGCCAAGAUGGACUCCACUGCCAACGAGCUGGAGAGCAUCAAGAUCUCUUCCUUCCCCACGAUCAAGUACUUCCGCAAGGAUGACAACAAGGUCAUCGACUUCAACCUCGACAGGACUCUGGACGAUUUCGUCAAGUUCUUGGAUGCCAACGGUGAGGUUGCCGACGCUGAGCCCACCGAGGAGGCUGAGGAGGAGGAGGAGGCGCCCAAGAAGGACGAGUUGUAAAUCCAACAUGAACCCCACUCACAAACAACAACACAUACACACACGAAAAUCCAACAACUAUGAACAGCAACAUCCGUGCAAAUAACAGCAACAAAAUGAAGCCACAACUAGCAACGUACAUUCUGUAGUUUAUUCUAACCCUUCGGCAGAGGCGGGGGACCAGAGUGGCCCCAUUCUGGGGCUGAGUUUUGAACAGCCGCAAGGAUGGGCUAGCUGGCCACCGGCAUCUGUCAUCGAAGCAUUUGUCCUCGGUUUUUUAUUCGACCAAUUAUUUCUGUUGUAUGUACUUGCAACGCAUAUUUUAACGCUCUCAGCGCGACCGUGUGUCCGUGGUUUGCGUAUACUUAAAAUUCAGUUUUAAUGAAGAAUGAAUGGAAAGCGAGAAAUUUUAAUAUGUAAUUCUAUAAGUUUUCUCUUUUGGAAUUUUUAGAACCAUUGAAAGAACUGAUUAAUAAGAACGUAACAAAUAAAGUUGGUAACAACAUUAAAACGA